UCAACACUUAAUGUGAAUACGAUUUAAGAAUAAAAUCUUAGUUAAGAAAUUUUAGUGGCAUUUAGUGGCACGCAUUGUGGUAAAAUAAAAGAUUAUUUCUGAAUACGUCCACGAGCGUCACUUGCUGACGUCACUUCCUCAUGAGCUCCGUGGAGGAGAAGCAGGAAAAGACGCGAGUGAGGUUCCAUAUCUGAUUCUUUAUUAUGAAACGGCACUGAGUGUGUGAGUCGAGUGUGGCGUUCAACAUGGAGAAAUUUGGUAUGAGCUUCGGCGGAGGCCUGAGCAAAAAAGAACUGCUUGAAACUAUUGAGAGUCAGAAGAAGCAGCUGAUCCAGUACCAGACCCGCUUCAAAGACAUUGUUCAAGCCUAUAAGAGUUUAGUGAAGGAGAAGGAGGCGUUAGAAGCUAGCUUGAACGUGCUGACUGUGUCUGCACAAUGCCCAGCACCCACCGAACAUACUGAAGACCAUGGAUCGCUUCACAGUGAAGACAGCUUGGACGCUGCUGAAUCCGCUGUUGAAAGUGUUGUGACGAGCAGCAGCACUCAGAGUGAUGCAGCAGAUGAAGAUCAGGCCAGCCAUGGAGAAGGUAACGUGAUGUUUCCGCAGUCAGAGAACAGUGAACUGGAGAACGGUGUUAUUUCUAGCAGCACCGCAACUGUGGAGCCAACUGUAACCGCAACAAAUGCAGAAUCAGACCGCCGGUUGAUCCAACUAAAGUCCCAGCUAUCUACUUUGACUACCUCUUUGACCACGGUUACGCAGGAAAAGUCUCGGAUGGAAGCCUCUUUCCAAGCCGAUAAGCGUAAGAUGAAGCAGGAGUUGGAGGAGGCACGGGAAACAGUAGAGGAGGAGCGUAAACAGCACCAGUUUGAACUCCAGGCUGUACAGGAGCAGCUAGCAGAGAGCAGAGCACGCGUGAUUAUGCAGCAACACCAGCAUGAUCAAGACCAGCACGACCAUGGCCACAUGCUUCGUGAACUCCAGAAACUCCUGCAGGAAGAGAGGAGCCUUAGGCAGGAUGCCGAACUUAAGUUGGAGGAUGUCAGGAAAACGUUUGCAGAAGCCAUGCAGAGUCAAGACUGUGGGUUAGAUUAUGAAGAGCGGUUAAGGCAGGUUACUCAGGAGUGUGAAACAUUGAGAAUGAGCCUCCAGGUUCUGGAGGUGGAGAGAAGCAAGCCUGAGCAUCGGGUGAUGGAACUGCAGCAAGAGAUUGUUGAUCUGAAGGCACACUUUAACCAACAGCUUCAACAGGAGAAUCGAAAGGUUGCUCAGGCAGAAGCCUGCUUGCAGGAGCAGGCACAGCUGGAGGAGCAGCGAGUGGCAAGUCUAGAAGAGCGGGUUUCUGAGCUGUCAGGGCUGUUAGGUGCCUGUGAGAAGGCCAGGCAGAAGGACCAGCAGAAUGCUCAGAGGCUACGCGAGCAUAUCCUCCAGCUGGACGCAGAGAACAAGGCCCUAGCUAUCACGGCCAGCACUACCAGGACCACCUCAUCUGAGCUUGGCAUUGAUGAAACGAAUCUGGACGUGAACACACUGAAGAACAAGCUGGAAAAGGUGAAGAAGUUGUUGCAGCUGGUUGCACAGAAAUCUCCAGAACAGCGUUCGGAAAUUGAGAAAAUAAUGGAUGGAGCAGGAGGACAGGAUGCAGAGAAGGCCUAUCAGCAAGAGCUGCGUCAGCUAAAGGAGGAGUUUGAACGCUACAAAGUGCGAGCACAGGUGGUACUAAAGAAUAAAAAUGGCAAAGACAGCGCUCAGACCAAGGAGCUUGAGGAAGCUCGGGACCAGCUGGCCGAACUGAAAGAAAAGUACAUCAACCUUCGUGUCCAAUCAGAUGAAGCCAUUGUGAAACAUAAACAGGAGAUUAAGGAGCACCAAGAAGCACUGACGGCCCUUCAUCAGGCUCAUAAGCAGGACCUGGAGAAGCUAGAGGCUCAGCACAGAGAGAACUUUUUGCACCUUGAGGAAGAGCUGCACAAGCAGAGGGAGCGCACCAUGGCAUUACUUGAAGAAAAGGACCUCGAGCUAGAAAAACUACGAGCCGAAAGCACUCAAGGACAGAUCGUAAGUGAUGGUGCAGCAGAGAGCGAAGUUAAAGGGGAUGUCGAGUUCGAAAGUGGAGAUUGUGAGAUGAUUGCUCACACGCUGAAGCUAGCCAGCCCCCCCCAAAAUAAUUUGCUGCUGUAUGCUGAACAGCUGGCUCGAAAUGAGGUGGAAAUUUCUGCUUUGCGCAAACAGAAGCAUCAGCUGGAGGAAGGCUUGCAUCAACUACAGGGAAAAUUGUUUGCUAAUGAAGAGAGGCACAAGGAGGAAAUGGAUGAGUUGCAGGCACAGCUGGACAAGAGGAUUCGUGACCAGAGCAGAGACGGUGCUAAUUUAGAAUACCUCAAGAAUGUAAUCUAUAGAUUCCUUACACUACAAGACUCAAAAGGACGUCAGCAGACCCUCAUGGCCAUCCUGACCAUCUUACACUUCAGCCCUCAAGAAAGGCAGACCGUCAUGACGCAGCAAGUGCAGAGCUGGUGGACUCCCAGGAAGAGAUGAUGCUGACGUUUAACAUUCCAGUUCAUUAAUUUAUUUUAUACUUGCUCAUUUCUUGUUUUUUGCUUUUUGUGCGUUUAUCAAAUGAUGGGUGCAGAAUUGUUGUUCAUGUAGAGUAAUUCUGUUCUGGUAAAGGUGGUAACUUUUCAGUGGAUUAAAAAAAAAUUCUGACAUUCCAGGUAGAUAACUCUCCAAAUUAUUUAUUGGCUAGUAAAUAAUUCAUAAUAAAUCAACAAUGAUUUAAUUUCCCCCUCUGUCCAAGGUUAGUCAACAAUACAUUAACAGCUGGUAUAGAAGUGUGUGCAUAUACGCUUAUAAACAUAAGCAAUAUUAAAGAAAGGCAGCCACUGUUUUGUUUUGUUUUUUUGGUGGGGGGGGGUUACACUCAGUAGUUUUCUAUUUCUUGGUAAUUGGAUUAUGGUCAUGAUCAUGAUUUCAUUGCAGUACUGAGUAACUGAGUAGCCACUGAAAUGGUUCUGAUAAACAAUUCUGAUUAUUACUGAAUAAUAUCAUUUUGUGACCCUGUAACUACCAUCAGUGAAAUAAUAAUUUUCCUGAAAAAGUCAAAAUUGUACAAUUUUGUGCAUGAAAACCACCGUGUUGCUACCGAAUUACAUUGUCCCUUAAAUUCCUCAUAGCUAUAAUUGUAAUUUAUGUCAUGGUGUAAUCCUUUCGUGUGAUGUAUGUUUGGUAGAUUAAGUCUUGAUUACUUACUUUCAGGAUGAAUUAUUCAGUGCCUUAUUAAAUGUUAGAUACAUCAAGACAACAGUUUUUUUUCUUAAUAAUAUGAUGAUUCUGUACAGUCACUGUGUACAAAUAUAGGAAACAGAACACUUUUAUUAACACAUUUUCAUUAACACAUUUGUACUUUAAGAUCAACUGAAACUCUCAGUGCCUGCUAACAGUUUAAUGAAAACACCCAAGAAUAGAUAAAUAAUAUAAAUACUUACAGUAAGGGUCGUAUGCACGUUUCAGAACUUUUAUGAUAUAAAUAAGUCAGUGUAAUAAUUUUAAAUAUAGAUAAUCAUCGCUACUACCACUAUUCCUAUUCAGGGUAUUUGCAGGUAUCAGCAAUUCAAAAUGAAUACUUUUUAAUACCAUAUUCAGUUCAUUUCCAAAAAAAAAAUGUGAAGACCUGCACAUUGCUCCAAUCAUGCUACACGAUACAUCAGCUGUAAUGGAUUGUGUUCAUGCAUAUCCAUUCGUUUCUGGGUUUAAGUAAACUACAGCAGGGUAAACUUCUAUAGAGGUAGAUGGGAGACCAGAGCAAAUAUCCUUUUUUUGCAUUACCAUUUGCUCCAAUAGUGAAAGAAAAAAAAUCCAGUAUUGCCUUACCAUGACUUUCCAAGAACAGAAAAAAAAUAUAUAGCGAGAUGGAUUACGGCAGUCAGAAGAGAAAAAGAUGUGGAGUUUACCGUCUCAUCCUCAGCAGCUGUAUUAGAAAUCCCCUCGCAGCAGUGUUUUUUUUUGUAAUUUAUUGCCAGGGUAAUGUAAUAAAUAUUGUUAUAAAUGUACAUACAUUUUUGUAAAGAAGAAAAUAUAUAUAUUAAAAAACCUUUGCUAUUUUGUAAUAUUACUAUUGCAAUGAACAAUACUUAAUAAUAUUUUUUUAUUUGGCGGUACAAAUAGUAAUAUAACAACAGUAAUAUAUUUCUGAUUUAAUUCACUUGUGUUAGAUCUUGUGGCUUUUAUUUUGGUGGAAAAUGGCAGGAAGACCUUUUAGCUGGCAACAGUUUUUCUUUAAAAAUUCACUUCUCAUUACUGAUCAGGUGAAAGGUGGUAAACCUCUGAACACAAAAAUGUUUUAGAUUACGUAAAACUAAAGUGAAUCUGGAGCAUGUCGUGUCUAAACGCAGGUUAUAAGUGACUCAAACUCACAGAACAGACUUUAAGACUUUAAGGACCCAUGGAAACCCUGUUUUAAUACAAAGUUAAUUAGAAGUAAUGGAACAGUACCUAGAUUUUGAAGUUGUUAGCACUUAAAAUAAUAAAUGAGCUUAAAAUCUAUAGUAGGGUAAAAAAAAAAAAAACCCAACUUACAUUUAUUUGCUGACACAACAGUAUUUCAAGUAAAAACUUUGCUGGGGAAAAUCAUAAAUUUGGGCAUUUAUAACUAAAGAAUUUUAGAUCAUAUGGCUUAAACUUGCACUAUAUUUGUAAGUAAAUCCAGCACGUUAUAUUUCUACAUGAUAAUGCUGCAAGUUUUUGUUCUGUUAUAUGUUCUUGUCAUGAUGUUAGAAUUUAAUAUACAAUGUACAUUUGCACAAUUCAUUUGUAAUCUUAAUACAUGAUUAAUAAGUUUUAAAUAAUAAAAAACAUUUUUUUAGAAUAAAAUCAAAUGCUGCUGAGUAUAAAAAUAGGUAAUAAACAUAAGUAAAUGUAUCAGUUAAAACUGUAUUUGGGUCCAAAGAUUGAUGGAUACAACUAGUGAUCAUGUUUCUUAAAAUUUUCAUGUGUUUUUAUUGUAUUUUUUGUUAAAAAAUUUUUAUUUUUGUGAGGAUUACAAAUACACUUUUCGCAAAAGGCAGAUGACUCGUGACUAAUGUAAACAUCUAAUGAAUGAUUUAGUUUUAUCGAUUGCAAUUUACGCAUACAGUACUACUUUGUUCUUAUCUUUCUAAAAGUUUUGAGCCUUCAGCAGAGUAAUAGUUUACAUCUAAACCUCAACGUCAACGAACGCCUUCUUUUGUUGAUUGGGUCUGACAGUGUUUCUGUAUUCUGUGGUCAGCAAGGAUUUCUUGAAUAAACAGAGUCAAGAAGAA